AUGUCAGAUAAUAAUAUAGUGGGGAUAGAAUAUAAUAGAGUUACAAACACAACAUCAACAGAUUAUCCAGGUCAUCAACAAGAUUCAAACGGUAAAGAUUAUUCAUGGAACACAGAUAAUUUUGCUAAAAAUUUUGAAAUAAUAGUAACAAAUUUAAAUGAAAGAGAAGCAACAUUUGAUUUAAUUAAUAUAGAUACUUCAAUAUCAAAUGCAUUUCGUAGAAUAAUGAUUGCAGAAGUUCCAAGUGUUGCAGCAGAAAUUAUAUAUUCUUUUAUGAACACAUCAGUAAUACAAGAUGAAGUGUUAGCACAUCGUAUUGGUCUUAUCCCUUUAAAAAUAGAUCCAGAUAUGUUAACUUGGGUAGAUAAAUCAUUAGAUGAAAAUGAUCGUUACACAGAAGAUAAUACUAUAGUAUUAUCUUUAGAUAUAACAUGUACAAGAAACCCUCAUCCACCUAAGAAUUCAACUAAUCCAAAUGAUUUAUAUAAAAACAGUAACGUAUAUGCAAAAGAUUUAAAAUUUGAACCUCAAGGUUCUCAAUUGGAAAAAUUUAAAGAUAAACCAGUUGAAUCAACUGAUCCAAAUAUUUUAAUUGCAAAAUUAAGACCAGGUCAAGAAAUUUCAUUAAGAGCUCAUUGUAUUUUAGGGGUAGGAUCAGAUCAUGCGAAAUUUUCACCAGUUGCAACUGCUUCUUAUAGAUUAUUACCAGUUAUAGAUAUUUUAGAACCUAUAACUGGUGAAUUAGCUAAAAAAUUUCAAAAAUGUUUUCCUUCUGGAGUUAUAGGUAUAAAUAAUCAAGGUGAAGCUUUUGUAAAAGAUGCAAGAAAAGAUACUGUAUCAAGAGAAGUAUUAAGACAUUCUGAAUUUCAAAAUAAAGUUAAAUUAGGUAGGAAAAGAGAUCAUUUUAUUUUUAAUGUUGAAUCUACUGGUGCUAUGUCACCUGAAGAAAUAUUUUUUAAAUCUGUUAGAAUUUUAAAAACUAAAGCUGAAUAUUUAAGAAAUUGUCCAAUAGGUCAAUAG